AUGGACCACAGCAACUAUAGUUCUUUCCAUGGUUUCAUUCUUCUUGGAUUCUCUGACCAUCCCAACCUGGAGAUGAUCCUGUCUGGAGUCAUUGCUGUCUUCUAUCUUAUCACACUGGUGGGUAACUCAACCAUUAUUCUUGCAUGUCACCUGGAUUCCCACCUCCACACACCAAUGUACUUUUUUCUCAGGAAAUUAUCUUUCCUAGACCUGUGUUUUACAUCCAGCAUAGUCCCUCAGAUGCUGGUGAACCUGUGGGGACCUGAGAAGACCAUCAGCUAUGCAGGCUGCAUCAUUCAGCUCUAUGUUUACAUGUGGCUGGGCUCUGUUGAGUGCCUUCUACUGGCUAUUAUGUCCUAUGACCGAUUCACAGCAGUCUGCAAGCCCCUGCAUUACUUGGUAAUCAUGAGCCCAAAUCUGUGCCUCAGGAUGAUUAUAAUGGCCUGGAGUAUUAGUCUGGCCAAUUCUGUGGUGCUGUGUACACUGACCCUGAAUUUGCCUAGAUGUGGAAACAAGCUUCUGGAUCACUUCCUGUGUGAGUUGCCAGCUAUGAUAAAGAUAGCUUGUGUAGACACCACAACAGUUGAAAUGUCUGUUUUUGCCUUGGGCAUUGUCAUUGUCCUCACACCCCUGACGUUUAUUCUUAUUUCCUAUGGCUACAUUGUCAAAGCUGUGAUAAGGAUGAAGUCAAAAGCAGGACAAAGAAAAGCAAUGAAUACCUGUGGAUCCCAUCUCACUGUGGUAUCCAUAUUCUACGGAACAAUUAUCUACAUGUACCUGCAGCCAGGUAGCAGUGCCUCCAAAGACCAGGGCAAGUUCCUUACCCUCUUUUACACCAUAGUCACUCCAAGCCUCAAUCCCCUCAUUUACACCCUGAGGAAUAAGGACAUGAAGGGAGCACUGAAGAAACUGUUGGGCUCUCACCAUGAAUCUGCAAAAGGGAAGAGGAGUUGA